AUGCUGUCGUUCAAAGGACUUGUGGCGAUCUUAUUCGCGUCUCUGUUCGUCAGCAAUGUCGAAUCUCUUGCAAGUACGGAUACCAUCACCUGGGGUGGUGACAACAGCCGCUCAGUANACCACAACAUGGACCCCUCGGUUGUCGGAAGCGACUCCUUCGGUCAACUCUGGAGAGCGGCACUGCCAGGCAACUUCCAAGGCAUCGGCGCCGAACAAAUCUUCUCUCAACCUCUCGUCUACACUUUGAGCGAUGGCAUCCAAUAUGUUUACAUUGCCACUACUCAGAACAAUCUCUACAAGAUCAAUGCGAAAACUGGAGAUAUCAUUGCUUCCAGAAACAUGCAUGUACCAUUCUUGACUGCUGAUCUUGAUGGUUGUGUUGACAUCAAUCCCACGGUCGGUGUGACGGCGACUGGCGUGAUUGACCCUGAUACUGGCAUCUGGUACCUCACUGCAAAAACCUACAGUGACGCCUUCCAAAACGGCGCGUUCUCGAAGUCCAGUCCACCGGGUCGUCUCAACGGUCGCUACUACUUCCACGCCAUCAACACCGCCGACUUGUCCGAAGUCAGCGGCUUCCCAAAACUGAUCGAUGGUCUUCAGUUCCGUAACAACCCCAAUCGUAUGUUCAUUGGUGGUAACCAGCACGCUCGUCCUGGUAUGCUUCAGGUUGGAGACUUCAUCUACACAGGAUGGGCGUCUCACUGUGUCAAGUGGAACUUCACUGGAGCCGUCAUCGGUUUCCACCGUACGACUGGUGCCAUUGUCGAAUCUUUUGCCAUGGAAGGUGGCCCUGAGGCAAACACAAUCCCUGGUGCCGGUGUUUGGAUGUCUGGUGGUGGUCUUGCAUACGACGGCAAGGGCAGCAUGUUCCUUGCUUCGGGCAACGGUUAUGCAUCGCAACUUAGCGCAACUGGAAACUCCCUUCCGNGCCGUCAGCCUCCUACUUCUCUGGAAGAGGCGGCUGUCAACUUUGCUAUUGGUUCGGAUGGCAAGCUUACGCCUGUCGAUUUCUUCAUGCCCUGGGAAAAGACACAGCUCGAUGGUGCUGACAAGGAUCUGGGAACCAGUCCUCUUGAGCUCUUGCCCACAGACGUCUUCAAGUGCAAGAACGUGGCUCGAAUGGGCGUCGUAACUGGCAAGUCUGGAAAGACCUACUGGCUGAACCUCGACAAUCUUGGAGGUUACCAGAUGGGACCCAACAAGCUCGAUGCUGCAGUCCAAGUCACACAGAACGAGAACUCAGUGUACGCUGGUGCAGGUGUCAUGCCACUCGGUGGUGGAUACAUCUACAUCAACGUCAUUCAGUACCAGACCCAUGUCUUCAAGUUCAGUUGCUCGGCUAGCGGCGAUCCUCAGUUCACACUCGUCUCGAACACUCCUGAGAAGAACGCUUACAUUCUGGGUGUUGGUCAUGGUACGACUACUUCAUUGAAUGGCCAAGAAGGCACUGGUCUUCUUUGGACCACAGAUGUUGAGGGCCUCAACUUGAGAAUUUACAAUGCAAUCCCUCCAUCGGACGGUGGUAACUUGCAGCUCAUCAAGUCUUUCAACAUUCCUGGUGUUACCAAGUUCUCUCGCCCCGUGUUUGGAAACGGUAUCGCCUAUGUUGGAACCACUCAAGGCUAUCUCUAUGCUUUUGGCUCUCCUGUCAACCUCCCUCUCAACUGCUCCUCACCAUACACACUGCCAAACACGGCAAUCGGCAAUGUCUCCGACCCUAUCACCAUUACUUGCAAAGCGAACAUCGGUCUCACUGUGAACAGUGUGUCAUUGACUGGCAACGCCAACUUCAAGAUUGGCAGUGUGGCCACGCCUCUCACUCUCACUGCUGGUCAGACAUUCAGCCUCAAUGCCACUUUUGCGCCUACACAGGUCGGUCUGCUGUCCAGUGACAUUCUAGUCAAUACUACAAACAGUGUCGCAAAAUACUCUAGUUCUGUGCCCGUCACUUUGAAGGGUACUGCAAACUCCAAGAAGCCGCUGCUGGCCAUUGCACCCAACACUGUCUCGUUCAACGUUAUCGCUGGCGGACAAAUCGGCGGCACCACUCAAUCCUCGCUCUUCAGCAACCGCGGAGAUGGCCAACUGACAGUUAACAACAUCACUUGGUCUGUCACCAGUGAGACUGGGCCCUGGAUCCAGCCCAACAUCAGUGACAGUGGCGACGUUCAAGUCGGUUUCUUCACAUUCUCAAACCUUCCUACUACCAUCGAUCCAAACAGUGUCGCUACUGUCAACAUCAAUUACAACCCUGGCACGACUGGUAACCACGCCGUCUACGUCAAGGUCAACACGGAUGGUGGAUCCAGCUUGCUUGAUGUUGUCGGUCGUGCCGGAAGCAAUCCAUCCGCAUUAAUAGAGUUUCAAACUGCGGAUGGCUCUGACUGGGUGACUUAUCAGCCUGGUGUGCCGUUCAACUUCGGAAAUGUCCUGGAAGGCCAGACUCGCAAUCUGAAGAUGCGCGUCACGAACAAUGGCACAGGUUCGGCAGUACCUCUAUCAUUGACUGUCUCGAAGCCUCCCUACGGAGUUCCUGGUAUCAUUCAAGCAGUCAACACUAUUGAUCUUGCCGAAGGAACGCUUCUUCAAGCAAACGAGAGCCAAACCGCCACGCUUUACUGUUCCGUCCCAAAAUCUCAGGUCAACAUCCCUAGCUACUAUGGCAAUGCUACUUGGACCAUCAACACGGGUGAUCCCAACAUGGGCAAGCAAAUAAUCCAGUUCGCUUGUAAUGCUGUCGCUGAGCAAGUUGGCCCCCUUCUUGCAAAUGGUACUGCACAAUACAGCUAUGUCGGCUGCUUCAAAGAGAAUAACCCAGGAAGACAAUUGGCAGUGAAUCCGCUGACCAGUAAAAACAUGACCAACGAGAUGUGUCUCACCAAGUGUGCCUCCCUGGGAUACCUGUUCUCUGCUACUCAGUACAUGCAAGAAUGUUGGUGUGGAAAUGCACGCCCGCUUCAGAUGGACCUGAACACCGACUGCAACUUCAACUGCGGCGGCAACGAGAACCAAACUUGUGGUGGUAGUGGUUACACCAACCCUGGGUCUCACAUGUCGCUCUUCGCUGACUCUACGCGCUUUGAUGGUAACACCUCGACACUAGCUACGUCUAUCGUUCCCUCAUACAACGGCUACAACUACAUGGGCUGUUACGCUGAGACGGGUGGCCGAACCAUCAACGCUGCGAGCUUGAACACCAAUGACAUGACUAUUGAGAAGUGUGGAGCUUACUGCAUCGGCAAAGGCUACUCCUUGUUUGGUGUCGAGUACGCCCAAGAAUGUUACUGCGGUAAUACCAUCGCCGCCUCUUCAACGGUUACAGUCGACAGCAAAUGCAGUAUGACUUGUAAAGGAAGCAACGCGGAAUUCUGUGGUGCUGGAUCCUUGAUGAUGCUUUACGGUCGGAACGCAGCCUCUGCAAGCUCCUCGAGCAUGAUUAGUUCUUCGAGCACGUCCUCGAGCUCUGGAACCUCGACUUCGGCCUCUAUCAGCGUCACAAGCUCUUCGGUCAUCUCGUCAACUACCACGUUACCAACGUCCGUUUUGAGCAACUACACCUACAUGGGAUGUUACAAUGAGACACAUGAUCGUCGCGCUCUCAAUGGAAAUAGUCGCUCCGGGUCUACCAACUCUCUGGAGUCUUGUGCCACUUUCUGUUCUGGAUAUGCCUACUUUGGUGUCGAAUAUGGAGCAGAAUGCUAUUGUGGCGCAGCCAUCUAUGCCAACUCUAUCCUUCAAAGCGAUGAGACCGGCUGCAGUGUGGCUUGUGCCGCCAACUCGUCGCAAAAGUGUGGCGGUGCUGACUUUNUGAACAUAUACUACACCAACGUCACAUCAUCGACGACCAGUACCACAACGAGCAGUGCUUCGAGCACUCCGACCGGACCUGUCAUCGUCCAGUCUAUUGGCAGCUAUUCAUACAUGGGAUGCUACACAGAGGCUACCACCGGCCGAGCUUUGACUAGCUUGAACAAGGCCAAUUCCUCUGUGAGCGUUGACUUCUGUGCUUCGUACUGCUCUGCGUACAACUACUUUGGAGUCGAGUACGGCAAUGAAUGCUACUGUGGAAAUGUCAUCCAGACUGGAUCUGGACCUACUACCGAUGGGCGCUGCAAGAUGACUUGCGCUGCAAACUCCACUCAGAUUUGUGGUGGUGCUAAUGGUCUGAACAUGUACCAGAAGGUCUCGAGCUCCUCGAGCUCUUCUAUCUCAAGCUCUUCGACCAUUUCGAGCUCUUCAGCCACCUCGAGCGUUGCAAGCACAUCUACUGUGACAAGCUCCGGAAGUUCUACAAGCGCUUCGGUAAGCUCGACCACGGCUUCUUCGUCGAACAGCGUGAGCGCCUCUAGUACUGUAUCGACUUCGGUAUCGGCCUCUGCAGUACCUUCUGUCGUUGCUGGUGUCUCUUUCGCCGUUGAGAAGGACACAAAGUAUUCUGGCACCGUCAUCAGCAACCUCAGCAGAAAACGAGCAGUUUCCGACCUCAAUUCAUGCAUGACCACCUGUGCGAAUAGCGCAGUCUGUGUCGGUACGGCAUUUGAUGGUUCUAUCUGCUCAUACUACAGCUCCAUUGACUCCAACAGCAAAGUCACUGUGGUUGGAACAACAUUUGCUACCGUUCAAGACAGAUCUGCCGCUUCUUCCAGCUCGACUACAAGUUUGUCGUCGACCUCCAGUGGCUCUACGACUUCGUCAGUUGUGUCAUCGACUUCUUCGGUUGGUUCUUCCACGACCUCCAGCAGCGUUUCCACAACUUCUAGCAGUAGUUCAUCGACAUCCGUGACACCGACAGGACCUGUCGCCAAGCCUACUGUAGGCAGCUACGUCUACCAAGGAUGUUGGAAAGAGAUUGGCGGUCGUGCUUUGCAAGGCAAGUCAUUCUCCAACAGCUCCAACAGCCUGGAAUUCUGUGCCAAGUUCUGUGCCGGCUACACUUACUUUGCAACGGAGUAUUCUUCCGAAUGUUACUGCUCCAAUGCUGUCAGCUCGCUUUCUGGUCCCGCCACCGAUGGGCGCUGCAACAUGCUGUGUUCCGCAGACAAGUUCGAAUACUGCGGCGGACCUAAUGGGCUGAGCUUGUACAAGUACGACUCAACCAUCGCAUCCUCCGGCAGCUUGAUCUCUACUUCGUCGAGUCAAUCCAGCCUGUCAUCAACUCAAUCAUCCAGCACAGUCUCUUCCAGCAGUACAUCGACGACGAGCGCCUCGAUUUCAAGCUCAUCCGUAAGCAGCUCCUCGAGUAGCACGGUAGUGUCGUCUUCGGAUCCUACAUCGAGCCAGUCAAGUUCGUCUGGCACGAGUUCAACUGCAAGCAGCUCAAGCGUUUCGUCGACCAGCUCGUCCAGCGUGAGUGCAAGUGAUUCUGCAACUUCGUCAUCGAGCAGUUCCAGUAUCUUGUCCACAAGCUCGACAUCGGUCUCAUCGUCUUCGGCAUCUUCGUCGGCUGAUACAUCCUCGUCGGCUUCAUCGUCGUCAACAUCAUCCUUGUCAACAUCAUCCUUGUCGGCUUCGUCCUCGUCGGCUUCGUCCUCGUCGGCUUCGUCAUCUUCGGCUUCGUCCUCGUCAGCCUCAUUGUCGUCGUCCUUAUCAUCUUCGUCGGCUGAUGCAAGCUCAACCAUAACGAGCAGUGCUUCGUCUUCAACUUCAGCCUCGACUACCUCCUCAUCUUCGACCGUGACCUCGCCUACGAUAAUCCCUACCGUCUCAGGCUACGCAGCUCAGGGCUGUUACAGCGAAGCCUCCAAUGGCCGUGCACUGACAUCUCGCUCCAUGGUCAACGCCACCGGCAUGACUCCCUCCAUGUGUGCCUCCUUCUGCUCGGCUUACGCCUGGUUCGGUGUCGAGUAUGGACAAGAAUGUUACUGUGGACCCUACCCUCGCGUGGGAAGUGCAUUGCAAUCUGACAACAGCACCUGCAACAUGCUGUGCCCUGGAGACAAGACUGCACACUGUGGUGCUGGCAACAGACUCAACAUGUACUACAGCAGCAACUCGACCAAAGCAUCCACGGACCCCAUGAAUCUGAACACCACUGGCGCUUACUCGUACUACUCUUGCGUCAAGGACAACACUCGCGCUCUGAGUGUUACUGCGGCAAGCGAUACCAUGUCUGUCGAUGCUUGCCAGAAGCUCGCUACCGCUGGAGGAUAUCUCUGGUUCGGUACCGAAUACGGUCGCGAGUGCUGGAUGGGCAACACUCUCGCCGCCGGCACUGCCAACGCUACUGCAACAGACUGCAACAUGGCAUGUGCUGGUAUGCCAGGCCAGCUGUGUGGUGGUGGUUCCCGGCUGUCGCUCUACAAGAGGACUGUCAACUAA